AUGAAUUUUGCUGUGUUCGCCGCCGCGGCUGAGCAGUCUAUCUGGAUUCCGAAAGCCACACUGACCGAGGCCAAUCUGCCUGACCAGAGCAAAAAGGUCUUCAUUGUCACCGGUGGGUAUACCGGCGUAGGAUACGAGCUCUCGAAAAUUCUCCAUCGCAAAAAUGGAACGGUCUAUCUCGCAGGAAGAGACCCGGAAAAGGGAGCGAAAGCAGUUUCCGCGCUGCGAGCCGAUUGCCCCUAUUCAGUCGGCCGCGUGGAAUUCCUCCCUUUGGACCUGGCCGACUUGAGUAGUAUCAAGCUAUCCGCAGAUCUGUUCAAGUCGAAAGAGGAUCGGUUGCACGUCUUGACGAAUAAUGCUGGAGUCAUGAGGCCACCGGUGGGCUCCAAGACAAAACAGGGCCAUGAGUUGCAGAUGGGGACAAACUGUAUAGGGCCACUAAUGUUUACAAUGCAGCUGCUUCCUCUCCUGCAAAGGACGGCAGCUGUUGAGCCCGAAGGCACCGUCAGAGUGACAUGGGCGUCAUCUGUGAUCUCCGAUUUGGCCGCUCCAGAAUAUGGCGUCGAGUUGGGGAGCGAUGGUUCACCCAAGGUGCAUGACAAGCCAACAGUUGAUUAUGGUCAAUCCAAGGCUGGCAACACUCUUCUUUCAUCCGAGUUUGCACGAAGAUACAAAUCUGACGGGAUUGUCAGCGUGGCAUGGAACCCUGGGAAUUUGAGGACGGACCUUCUUCGUCAUUUUCAUCCCAUCGAGCGAUUUAUCACGUGGAUUCUCGGUCAUGAUGCCAUUCAUGGUGCUCAUACGGAGCUGUACGCUGGCUGGUCGAGCGACAUCACCCCGGAACAUACCGGCUCAUACAUUAAGCCAUGGGGUCGAUUGUCCCCACCACGAAGCGACAUAGAGACGGCUUGCGUAGGAGGAUUUGAAGGGGGUAGAUCUGUCGCAGAAGUAUUUUGGGAUUGGUGCGAGAUACAGGCCAAAGCGCACCUAUAG